CUAUACAGGAUUUUAUUGCGGACUUCAUCUGGUCCACGGACCACAGGUUGGAGCACUAACGUCCCAGGAAGAAAAACAUUGGACAUCAGCCGGUCUGUCCCUCCUCGGUCCAGCUGGUGGAGCUGUUGUUAUCAGGAUGUAGACUGUGAACAGUGUCGGUCCAGUCGGUGUUGGGCUGCAGCUGUGGGAAGAAGUUGUGCAACCAGUAAAACCACCGCGGGGUGAAGUGAAGAAAUCCAAACUCGUCACAUGAGAUUUCCCGGAACUUCUCCUACGGUGGUGCUUCACUGAAACUUCAUCUUCUGCUGGUGAGACCGACGCCGAGCUGAAAGCCUGAACCCCCUCACACUUCAUGCCGGACCUGAGUUGGUGCUGAGUGUCAUUAUGAGAUGUUGUCUCCAAGCGCCUCCUUCGUGCAAAUCAAGUUUGAUGAUAUCCACUUCUACGAGAACUGCGGCGGCGGCAGCUUUGGAAGUGUGUACCGAGCCAGGUGGAUCUCCCAGGACAAAGAGGUGGCAGUGAAAAAGCUGCUCAAGAUUGAAAACGAGGCUGAAAUCCUCAGCGUCCUCAGUCACCGUAACAUCAUCCAGUUUUAUGGCGCAAUCGUUGAGGCUCCCAACUAUGGAAUCGUCACUGAGUAUGCAAGUGGCGGAUCGUUGUAUGAUUACCUGUCCAGUGAUGAGAGUGAGGAAAUGAACAUGGGACAGAUCAUGACGUGGGCUGCAGAGAUUGCCAGAGGAAUGCACUAUUUACAUUCGGAGGCCCCUGUUAAGGUGAUCCACAGAGACUUAAAGUCCAGGAAUGUUGUUGUGGCAGCAGACAAGGUUUUAAAGAUCUGUGAUUUUGGGGCAUCUAAGUUCCUGACCCACACAACGCACAUGUCCUUGGUGGGCACGUUUCCCUGGAUGGCUCCGGAGGUGAUCCAGAGCCUCCCUGUGUCUGAGACUUGUGACACUUUCUCCUAUGGUGUGGUGCUUUGGGAAAUGCUCACCCGUGAGAUCCCCUUCAAAGGCCUGGAAGGUUUACAAGUGGCCUGGCUCGUGGUGGAAAAAAACGAGAGGUUAACCAUCCCCAGUGGCUGUCCUGUCAGCUUUGCUGAGCUGUUGAGGAGCUGCUGGGCAAUUGAGCCAAAAGUACGGCCACUGUUCAAGCAGAUCCUCUCUACUUUGGAGUCCAUGUGUAACGACAGCCAACUUCCUCAACAGUGCAACUCUUUCCUUCAUAACAAGGCUGAAUGGAGGUGUGAGAUUGAGGCCACACUCGAGAGACUUAAGAAGCUGGAGAGAGACCUGAGCACCAAAGAGCAGGAGCUGAAGGAGCGAGAGCGUCGUCUAAAGAUGUGGGAGCGCAAACUCAUCGAACAGUCCAACAGCCCGCUCUUCUUACCUGUGGCAAAAAAGAUAAGUGCUAAGUCGUUCUAUCAGUGUAAGACGGAGGAAUCAAACAGUUCAGAGAUGUCAUGUCAGAUCACAACCUCCGGUAACGAUGAGGUGAAUCUGCAGUCCAUGAUGAAAGGCUUUGAGGACAUGUUUCCGUUGGACUUUGGCCGGCCUGUCCUGCACUCGGGCAUGCAGGUCAACAUGCAGGCCAGGCAGAACUCCUCCAUGUCGAGCUGUGUCAGAGAAGGGCACAAAAUCAACAUGACUCUGGGGAUGGGACACUUCGCUAGCUCUGACGACAGUGAAUAAAGCUCCCUGACGUUCUGUGUCGCCACAGCUGUUGAAUACUGUGAUCUCACCUAAUGAAUUAUUGGUGUUGUGGAAGCACAAUUUUCUUUAUGAAUUGCUUGUUAAGUCAUGUUGAUUAUUUUGUCAUUUCAAUAAUCUUUAUUUGUCCCUAAAAAACACAUCUUUGACAUAUUAUUUCUUUAUCCAAGUUAUAUUCAUGAUGUACUUUCAGAAAAGAAACAUCUUAGAAUAUAUUUGUACCCUUCCACCUAUGGAUAUUAUAGAUGUCAUUUACUGUAUGCCUAAUGUACCGGAUGUAUAGUGCCAUGCUGUGCGGAAAAGAGCCACGUGAGCCACUUGCUUAGAGAAGGCCAGGCUUUUAUGAUGAAGUGACAUUUUGCUGACAUUAAGAUUGGCCAAUUUGUUCUGGAUGUGGUGGAGUGCAGUUGUUGAGACGCAGUCUCUUACCAGGAUGAGAAAGUACAUGUUUUUUCCUCUGACUGACCCAGGUUCAAAACAGCAGGAGAGGAACAUUACUGCGCGGCUUUCCGCUUCAUUCGCUCAUUUUACCCUUUACUUUUCAAGAGGCCCAGGAACAUCAAAAUUAUUAUUAAUUAUAAAAAUAAUAACGAUUUCUGCAUGAGAGGCCUCAAUCAGAAGUCACAGAAGUUAGCAAAGAAGUCAUUAUAUUGAUUUUAAUAUAAUAAUUUCCCUCUAUAGACACAUUUAAAUACACUAUCAUGGCAUAUGAUCUACCUGAAUAUUAGCCUCAAGACCUGCACUUUACAGUACAGCAAAUUGUAUUAGCAUUAGUGUUCAGUUAGGUAUUAUGCUUCAUCUGGGGGAAGGACAUGCUUCCCUGAGCAUAGCCCAUUAAAUUGUCCCCUUCGCUUGUUAUCAUCAGUCAGUCUCAUGAGGAUGUAAUCCUCUGUAUUCCUGUGUUGUUGCUUGUUAGUUUCCUGCCACGAGCUAAUAUUCCUAUUCAAACAUGUGCCCGUGCCAUCAAGCCCUAUGCGUGCUAGACUAAACAUAACAAUUAACACAGACUCUUAUUUACAUAUCCCCGUGUGAAAUCCAGACACUUAGGUCACCCCGAAACACUCCAAGCUUCCACAUUUGUUAGUCAUCUCCUCGAGCUUCCAGCAAAGUCAGAAGACUAGCAGCUUUUUUUUUUUUUGAUGUGACUUAUUUUCCUGCAUCCUUCACGAUUUUGACAAUAAAUCAGUUUCGUUCAACUCUUCUCUGCCAAUCUGUCUGUCUUAGAUUGAUUUUAUUACUUUACAUAUGUGAACAAACAGUGAAAUGUUUUGUAAAUUAUGUUGUAUUACUACCAGAACUUUUGUGGUAGAAGACAGAACAGAGCUUGGUUGAAACCCUUUGAAUAAGAUUGUAAACUAUAUUGCUUCACUAAGCAGACACUUUCUAACUCAUGGUCUUGUUACCCAUCAUGCUUGUUAGUCCACAUGGGGGCAGAAUUGUGUGAACUAAACCCAACACACAUAUCAUGAAAGACACAAACUAUGAGCUGCAUUUUGACUUUGAGAUCUAGGUACCUUUGUCAACAGCAUGUCACGGAUCUUGAUAAAAGAAAAAGAGGUGGCAGCACAUUUGUGAAACAUGCUGCUUUGAAAAGUGAUGCUAAGUCACUCCACUGAGACUUUGGCAGUGGCAGAGUUUUUCUCAAUCUGUUUACUUCCGAGCGGCAGCACUGGAGGAGGCGGAAAACGCUGCAGGGCUGAGUGGCUUUAUGAGGCGGCGGGCUGCACUGAAAUGUAUGGCAGCGACUGUCUAUUGAGACCGGCAUUCAGUUCAUAAUCUGAGCUGUUAUCAGACGUCGUGGGAAGAAGCACAGUGAAUGGGGAUUACUCAUUCAUUUAGUCAUCUUUCCUCCAAUUUUCCAUUGCAUUAUUUCUGUCAUUACACACACCAGUCUCGUGAGCACAAUGAUGAAAUCUUUAUUUUGGCUGGCAAGUUUCUGCCUGAUUACAUUUAAUGAGCAAUAAAUGAUUUACCAUUGGAAUAGAUCACGUUAGAUCAGUCAAGAUGGACAUUUCGGUUUGAUAUACACCAUUAGAGGCAAGUUGUCUUAACCGCACAGCACAAUAACCAGAAAAGUAACGGCUUUGAAGACGUGGAAAACAUUGCUAUUUUCCAUUUUAAUAACAUUUACUUAAGUCUGGUGAAGAUCUGUUUCAUAAAUACACGUUUCAUACUGCCUGUUUCCAUCCAUAUUCUAGUGCUGUUAUUCCUAUUUGUCUUCUGUUUG